GCGGUACGACGCUCGGUCGGGUAUCUCCGCGUCGUGGGCCACACGCUCGGCCGGUGUCGGCUCGCAUCAGAGCGCUCAGUCCGUUCAGUAGUGCUCGAGCUUCGUUUGCGUACGGACGUUGUCGGCUGAGCCUGACGCGCGACAAGUGGAGAGACCGGGGUCUCUCGGUGUGUGUAUAUAUACAGCGCGCAUACAGCGUGACGCGGGCGCCUCUCUCGUGCGUUCCGACGGGAGAUAAUCUCGCGCGAGUACCGCGCUGUAUCGCGUUUUCGACAAACGUGUGUAUACAUAUAUACAUACAUAUAUAUAUUUAUAUGUACAUAUGUACACUCGUACAGAGACGUUUAUACAUACAUAUAUGUACGUGAAGCGUAUGUUUGCGCGCAUUUGUGUACGUGUGUAACCGUGGUUCACGACAGACGCGUGUGAGGGGUAGAAAGAGAGAGAUAGCGCUAGCUGAUUAACGGUAGCGCGUCUGACGUUGUCGCGGAUUGUUGUUGCCGCGACGGUAUCGCGCGUAGUGUGUAUCGUAUUCCAAGUGACACGCAAUAUAGUUGUAUACGUAUAUACGCAUACAUUCGUAUAUAUUUAUUUGCACAUGCACGCACGCUGCGUGCGAAGUGGACACGCCGGGAUCGCAGACUCGUGCUGCGAUUAAUUCCGUUAGCCGUUAGCGCGCGCGCGGCGAUAGCCGCGAGAAGGGGGCAACAGGAGAGUGUGACACCGGUGACAGACGCCGGAGAGGAGAGAAGAAAGAAGAGGAAGAGAAAGAGAGUGUGAGCGGGUGCCGUCCACGGCGUUGAAUCGGGAAGAGUUGAGCGCGGUGCAGGAAGGAAGAACAAAGAAGCGACGUGCCGCUGCCGCCGUUGCUGCUGCUGCUGCUGCUGCCGUUGCCGCUGCCAGCCGGUGUAAGAAGCGGGGGCCUACGUGCGCGAGGACCGUCCUUCUGUCGCCCCAUCUCCCUCCGAGUCAUUAACUCUCUCUUUCUCUCGUACGCUCGCUCACACUACUCACCGUGCUGACUUGGUGCAGACAACGACGACGACAACAACAACGGCAACGCGAGCUACUCGCGUAUCGUGUCUCGAGACUCUAAAAUGACAUUGGAGGAGGACCUGGUAAUACGCAGGAGCCGACCCACGAUGAUUUCCGCCAAAUACCGCGCCCGUGAGGAACGCCGCCGCUUGCUGAAGAUCUCCGCCGGCAAGCUUAGGAGGAUCGAGGAUCCGGAGGCCAGCCUGUGCAGAUCGGUGCUGAUAAAUAACGCGGUGCGACGACUGCAGCGCGAAAAUCGAGACGAAAAGACGCGGAACUAUGGACUUCCGGUAGUAUCGUACAUGGACGACGCGAGCAAGGAGAACAGCGUCGCCAGCAACCUGAUCGCCGAUGUAACGGACGAAGAGACGUCUCCGAGAAAGAGGUUGGCCGACGACUCGAGAAACGAUAUGCUCAGCCCUAAAAGACAGAGGCACGACGACCUGGACCUGCAGGACGACGUGUUCAACGACUUCUACAUCCUAUCGCCCACGUCGCUGCUGUCUCACAUCGAUGAUCUUCCAGACGUGCACACGUCGAGUCACUCGAUGGUGAGCAGCUACACGGAAGAUCGCCUGAGCGGCUUGACGGACGUGCGGCCCGGCAGCACCGACAACGGCAGUAACCACACCGGCGCGACGGUGGCCAACGGUGGCGCCGUGAACGGCGCAAACUGCUGCAGCAACACUCUCCUCGGAUUCCCCACGGUCCUCGACGACGACGGGAGCGCGCAGCUCUCACGACCGGGCGACACCACGAUGGACGUGAGCGACGUGGUGGAUCCUGACCGGCUCUGCGACUUCGCCCGGUUCGCCGACUCGGCGAAAACGCUGGAGGAGCGGCUGGCCGAGCUACAGUCGUUGGAUGAGCACUUCGACCUCACCAAAUUCGAGCGCAACAACAACCAGAGCUGUGGCCGCGCCUUCCACGACAUACAGACCUUCCACAGUCUGGUGCCAGGGCUGGAGACCUAGACGACGGCGGUGUACCUGGAGCAGCGACUUGACUCGGCACCGACGUCGUCGGACGUUUAUCCGUACGACAAAACCGGAGUCGACAGAGGCGAAGAGGAUGUAGCGUAGAACUGACUUGGUGGGUGCAAGCGAGUGGCGAGGAGGACUCACGAAUGAACCUGGAGCUUGAAGCGGACGACUGCGACGUAUUCUUCAGCGAGAUGGUGGAAAAGUGCGCCCCGUUGUCUCCGCACAUGACUCGCAAACGUGUUAACGACACGCGAGUAUUGUUUGUGUCGACGUCAACUUCGUUAAUUAACGAAUGCGAUGGUGCGCCGCGGCCCAUACCCGAGAGGCCGUACGUUUAUGUCAAUAUUGCGUACGGAACUCACGAGAGCACGGACAAUGCGCGAGAGUGCGUACCGCGAAGAAGUCUCCUCAGCUGUGGAAGUCUCCUCAGCGAGACGACGACGACGCGUUGUUCAACACGCUCAGCCGUUGUCUCUGUGUUUGCUGAGCGCGCGAAAUGCAUCCGCGAUCAAUGCGUUAAUUUAGGACACCGCGAACUCAGUCAGAGCUGUAAUUAGAGGUUUCGUCGUAGAUACUUAUCGCUGUCUAUUCCGGAGAGUGACAAGUCAUUGGAAUUGUUCGGUUGCGUCUUUUGCGAGUAAAAGAUUCUACCCACACAUGUAAUAACGUGCAGGAUCGAGAAGUAUCGUAUGAUAAAGCGCGAUAAUAUGCGCGGCAUCUCGGCCGAAUCAUCGCCUACGAGUCUGACUCACGCUGGUAAUAAUCUGCUUACAGCACUGACUCAAUGUUCAACGCGCAGCCACGAGAUAUCUAAUAACACCGUGAACGCACACCGCACUUCAAUCGACUUUUCUAUUCACCGAUGAUCGCAGCGAAAGCGUCUUUUUUGUUUUUUUUUAUCUAUUAAAUUACGUGUAUAAAUAAUUGUCGGGUGUACGUUUACGAUUUUUUUAACGCGGAUAAUAUAUGUGAGAGCACUCCACCAAUGAGAAACUGACGAAUUUCCGGACAACAUACCGAGCCAGAGAACACAAACGGUCUAAAAACUGUCGGCAUCAUCGUCGCGCUUGUUUUGCUGACGUAUGCGACAUUAUAUCAGGCAUCGAUCUUCGCAGUAAGACUUCUUUCCGCUGGCAGACGUAAUUGCUGGCUUGGUUCUUUGGACGCCGCGCGCUUGAUCUAUUUAUAUACAUCGGCGCGCACAAUAUCAAAUCUAUUUAAAGUCGAUGGCUGAUAGACAAUGGGUUUCAGUCGAUUCUAUCGUGCAAUCAUUCCUUGCGAGUAAUUACCUAUCCCUCCUACCUCUCUCCCUCCCGUCCUCCCGUCCCCUGUCUCUUUUUCUCUCUCACUUUUCCGCGAUCUCAAUUCUGUCUUUCUUCACAAUGAUUAUUCCUUCCUCUCCUAACAAUUAGAGAGUUCAUCUUCAUGGAACAAUCACACGUACUCCUUUCUCUCUCCCUUCCUCCCUCCUUCUACUCUUCCCAUCCCAUUGCACACGCCACGAAUUCAUCGACUUCGGGACUAACAUCUUAUAAGUUGUAAAUUUAGUUUUUCUGGACGGUCAGAGAGCUCCACUCGCGUAAUCGCAAACACUCCGUCACUGUCGACGCGCUAAAUAGGAACAUUCGUGCAUACGCGCGAUCCACAAGGUUCAACGUGUGUUCGUGUGUAUUCGCCGGCACCGCAGUCUUCCACGCUGUGCCCAACCUUGCCCGCGGCUGAUUCGCGUCCACUUUGCAGCGUUGAAGCGUCGCGUCGCGAAGACGACACGUGCCUACAGUACCAGAUAACAGCUGCGUUCAGCAGAGCACAGGCUGCUUCGCAACUGUUGUAACAUUCGUGAAUCAGACUGGUGUAUGCUCUUAGUCUUAGCUGAAUUCAAGAGCAUGAACCAAUCUGAUUCACGGAUUAGAUAAGUUGUGAAACAACUUUCUCUGCGUCAUGGAUGCCCGAACAUUUACGAUUUUCAGCUUUAUGUAUUUAUUUACAUAUAAUACUUAAGAUUGAAAAUAGUUAAUUAACUCUGAUUAUAAUGAUAAAGUUAUAAUGGUAUUAAUUAUAACAAUUUCAAUUUUGUUCGUAUACACAUAAAACCGAAACUCUCCUGUAACUCUCGAUCUAGAGAAUGUUCGGGCAUCCAUGACGUCGUGUGUACGUAACCAAGGACAAAGGGGACGGCUCUCGUCUUCCGGCAGCGACGCGACCUUCGGCGUAUGAUGAACGCGCGCGCGCGCACACAUACACACAGAGCGCGUGUACACACAUUGUUUGUAUAUAUACAGAUAGAUUUUUAAGAGAGCACGUUAAGGAUAUAGGACGAAUUAUAGCGAAAUAGCACACGCCGGUACAUAGCUAACUAUCCAUGGACGAGGGAAGAGAGAUAUGACGAGCGAAGGCGGAGAACGAUCUCGGCGUUUUUCCCGCGCGUCAAUCGGAGAGUUGUUGAGAAAGCGUCGGGAGCUCGAUCACGUUCCUUCUCCCCCACUUCAUCCGCGUCAUUUAAACAGAAUGAACGCGGGAGAGAACUGUCCUGUCGUCGCCGCGUCUUCGCCCUCGAAGGCGCGCGACGAAGCGCCACGGUCGAACGUGUUCGCCGAUUCGCUUUCGAUUCGUGCGCAAUCGUAGUCCAGAGGGGCGGAGAAUCGCGUCCGCGUGAGAGAGAGAGAGAGAGAGAGAGAGAAAGAAAAGCUCACGCGGGUUGCAUGACGAAAGCAGCGAUCCUCCGCUCCGCGCUGCUGCUGCGUUUCAGAGCAUUGCUCCAUAGCGAGCGUUUACCCUCGUUGAUCGUUAAUUCUGUUGACUUUGAAUCUUUCCUCGCCGGACAAACACUUCGUCCUGGGACUCAGCGGUAUAUCGCUUCGCCCGGUCUCGCUGUAAGACGAGCGACUUUUGUCGUCCGGACGACCUUGGUCACAGCGCCACUCGAGCCGGACAAUGCUGUGAAACGCCGUCUUCUGUUGAAAGAGAACACACGCCACCUACCGCGCAACGCCACGACGAGCCUUAGCUGUUAUACGAUCGUACCACUUUUGUUAAUAACACUUUCCUCGUAUUCGAGGAGUAGACGGUAAUAGCGAGCAAUAGUUGUACUUCCCUACUGGUGGUUUCCUCCUGACAUCAUCUCAUAUACAUACGCGUUUUUCACGGCAAGAACGAUAUUGUGAGCCUGACGAUUCCGUGAAAGCGGAUUCCGACGAUUUCAUCGUGGGGACCAUCGCGAACAUCGUGUAUCUCGCGGAAACGUCGAUGAUUUCACGAAGUAAAUGCGAAAAAAAAGGAACGCCAUUACUUUCGUCAUGUAUACGCGCGUUAUAUUAAUAUUAAUAUGUAUUAAUAUUUAUUAAUGUUAAUAUUUAUACAUAUGUAUGAUAUGUUAUAUUAAUAGAUAUUGAUAUAUUAAUAUUAAUAUUAAUAUAUAUUAUUAUCAAACUUAUAUAUACAUACAGAUAUAUAUAUAUAUAUAUUUAUAUAUAUAUAUAUAUAUAUAUCUUUCUCUUUCUACAUAUAGCGUCGGAAGAACUAAAUGAGAAAUCAUGAAAUUCGGUAUAUUCGUCGAUUUGAUUGCGAUUGUCAACGAAAAAAAAAAGUUCAAACAGGCACGCGGGAGGAAAAAUCUUUGAUCUGCUGGUUUUUGAUUUUCUCCUUUCUUCUGUUUCUCUUUCUCGCGAACGAUCGUACUACGUCGAGCUACGCGAUGAGCCGCGUCUCAUCCGAGCACUUUAGCGAAUUAUAACCGCGUGUGUGCAUUAUGUAAGUGUAUCUUUUGUAAAUUAUUUCUCGAUCGCCGCACGCGACUACUUGCGAUCGAUCGCGCGAGGUUCUCUCUCUCUCUAUCUCUCUCUCCCUCACGCGCCUUCGCCGGUGGCGACGGAAGCGCCUUUCCCGUCGGCCGUUCCGGCGGAGGUGAUUUCGCGCGCUCCACGUGGAAAUCUAUCGAGAAGAGCGACAAUCCACUUAUCAUUCGCCGAACGGACGAGGAUUUCCCGUCGCGCAAAAGUACAUCUUAUUAUCCUGAUCGCCGAACCGCGCGCGCGCGCGAGCUAGAUGAAUUAUCCUUCAUUUGGAUUCUUAUGUCGUUCGAUCCUCUCCGUCGCGCUCCGUCGUGCAUUUCGUCCGGGGAGGACUCGUUUGGCUCUUUUCUAACGAGGUUGAACAUAACUUUGGUUUUCCUCUCUUUCCUCUUCUCUUUCCUGUUUUCUUUCUUUUUAAUUUAGUUGGUGUUAAGAACGUGUUUGUGUAAUUCGCAAGCGUUACGUUGUACAUAUAUAUAAACGUAUGUUGUUUUGAAGAUAUCUAAAUAACGUCGAACGGCAAGGUAUUUCCACGCGAGUCUCCUCCACGCUGAUUCCGUGCAGUGCAAUAUCUUCGUUCUUCUUGUAUUUUCCUUUAAUCGAUACUCUUCUCCAUCCAUCAUACCUUUAUCACCGAUUCCUCGUAUUUUAUUCAGACACUGCCGCGGUGCGAAAUUUGCGUCUGCCGAGUCACACACGCGCUCACCUCGCAUCGAACACAUGCGAGUGUUCGUUAUGUAAUAUAGGCAUCCUUGUUUAUGAUUCUAACGUGACGGAAUUACGUGCUCGAGCCGAUAAGCGCGACACCGCGACCACGCGUCGCGGCAGAUGUCGUCGUAGUACGUAAACAGUGCACACAUCAUCGACCCUCCGGCGAGCACAUUAUGAUUCCAUUCUAACUUAUUUGUCCCUCUUUCUCACAAAAAAAGCGCUAUGAAAAGAAUUGGAUAAACAUUUCGGAACGAUUUGUCUCCCAUGUGCAUGUCGCUUCUGCCGUCUACGUGAUGUAUAUAGAAAUUCCAUAUUGAGCCCGAACAAGCGGCUCCCUCGUGAACAAAUCUUUCAUUAUCUUCGUCGCGAGGAGUCCGUGUCGAUUUUUUAUUUGCCAACGCGAAAGUGGCGUAAGAUCAUUAUCGCGUGUAAAUUCCUUUGUGAAAGUAGAAUUCUAUUGUUCCUUUCUUUCUUUCUUUCCUUUUUUUUCUAAAGAGAUAUAUACCGAUAAAAGAUCGCGAUAAAAGAUAAAAGAUAUCGCGACCGAGAGACGACCUCGAUACGUCGAGGCGGGCGUCUACGAUGAAGAAACGCGAAGAAAGAACAAAGUAUGAAUGAUUCCGACAAUCUGACAUUCAUCAUAAUGGAAAUUCGGUGAAGCAGAGGAAACGCUAUGUGGGUAAAGACAAUUCCGCGGCAAUGCCUGGACGCAAAGUGCACAGACAGAUUCAAACUUCCUUAGAAGAACGCCUGGGCCACACAAAAACACACACACACACACAUCCAGCCAGACACACACGUUCCUCGAGAAAAGCGCGAUGUGCGCGGCUCGACGCGUUUAAAUUGUAAAUAGUCGCCUUAGCACUUUUAAGAUAUAAAUUAGCUAUGUAUAAAAGUUUCAUACGUUGUUUAGGUUUUUAGUACUAGUUAUCAUGAGAUCAGUUACCAAUUA